AAAAGAAGACAGUACAAAAGAAGCACAUUAAAAUUCAGAGCGUGCAAAUUGCAAAAUGCAGAAAUUGCUCAACGAUUUCCCCCAAAAAAUGAGUUUCACGGGAAGCGGGAAGAAGACCCACCGCAAAAAUUUCAAACCACAAAGACAGCAUUAAUAUUCUUCCUUUCAUUUCCAGUUCUUCUUCUUAAACCCCUUAUUCUCCUUCUCUCUUGCACUGUCUUACAAUUUGAAUUUUCCAAUGGCAACUUCUGAGAACAACAGCAGCGCGCGUCCCCAACGCGAAGCGAAGAAGAGGGCCGCAGCUGCAAUAUCCCAAAUUCAUGGCAACGCCGCCAAGAAGAAACGCGUCGUUUUAGGCGACGUCACUAACGUUUCCUCAAGCGACGUCGCCGUUUCCGUUUCCAAAAAACCCGUUCAGACACAUAAAAAUGUUAAACUCGAGAAACCGGCCGCGCCGGUUGCCACGCCGGAGAAGGUUGAGGAAAGACACGACCCGCAACUCUGUGGGCCCUACGUUUCUGAUAUAUACGAAUACCUUCGCGGAAUGGAGGUGGAUCCUAGUAAGAGACCAUUGAUGGAUUAUGUUCAGAAGAUUCAGAGGGAUGUUAAUGCUAACAUGCGCGGUGUUCUUGUGGAUUGGUUGGUGGAAGUUGCAGAAGAAUACAAACUUGUUUCGGACACGCUUUAUUUCUCUGUUGCUUAUAUUGAUAGGUUUUUGUCGUUGAAUAUUUUGUCGAGACAGAGGUUGCAAUUGCUGGGGGUUGCUUCAAUGCUCAUUGCUUCGAAAUACGAAGAGAUUAAGCCGCCCGAGGUGGAGGAUUUUUGUUACAUUACGGAUAACACAUACUCUAAGGAAGAGGUUGUGAACAUGGAGGCUGAAAUAUUGAAGGCUUUGAAAUUUGAAUUGGGUGGUCCUACAGUGAAGACAUUCUUGAGGUGUGUUUCUUUGUUGAAUCUAUGUCCAUGUUGUGUUAAUUUUGCUUGUUUUAGUUGUUUUUGCCUUGGCAUUUUGGCUCAUCGCUCUGUAUGCUUUUGCCUUCUUGUUUGCAGGAGAUUCUCCAGAGUUGGUCAAGAGGGUGUUGAUACUUCUGAUCUCCAGUUUGAGUUCCUUAGCUGCUACCUUGCCGAGCUCAGUUUGUUGGAUUAUAAUUGUAUAAAGUUUUUGCCAUCUUUGGUGGCUGCAUCAGUUGUAUUCCUAGCAAGAUUUAUGUUUAGCACAAAGACACAUCCUUGGAAUUCGGCACUCCAUCAACUCACUAGAUAUAAACCUGCUGACUUGAAGGAAUGUGUUCUAAACUUACAUGACUUGUACCUCAGUAGGAGAGGGGCCUCUUUGCAAGCUGUGAGAGAGAAAUACAAACAGCAUAAGUUCAAAUGUGUGGCAACAACACCAUCUCCUCCCGAGAUACCUCUUUCUUUUUUUGAAUUUGAGGGGCAGAUUCUUAGGCAAUUGUAAUUUGGCUAUUCUUGGUAUGGCUCUGGUUUCAACUAUUGGCAGGAAAGUGUUUCCUAACACUAGAGAUGAGAGUUUCAGACAUUUUGUUGCACUUGUUUGUAGAGAGAGAGAGGUGCUUGCCAGAAAUGCAGCGACAACAUACUAUGCUGGCCUCACUGACUUUGUGAUUGAGCUUGUGUGAAAAUGAGAUAAAUCCCAUUAGUUGAGAAUUAGGUUAUUUUUUGACAAUUAGAAGUUCUUUGUAAGAUUUCCUUGAAGGAUUUAUGAUUUCUAUGUAUAGGGAAAUGCUAUACGUUUUCAUUGUAGUUGUUCCAUUCUAAGAUGUCCAAACUCUGAUAUUCAGAAAUCAAUUUUUCAGCUGUAAACAAGUGUUGGAUUGGUUACUUUAACCCAACCAUUUUUGUCCGUGGUCUAAACAAAUGUCUGUGAUAGAAUAUAAUUGAGUUUGUCUGUGUAGUCUAUGACUGAGUUUGUCUGUGUAGUCUAUGACUCUAUGUUAAUAGCACGCUAAAGUAAUGUAUUGGUUUUAAACA